UUAAGAGCUUUCUCGUCAGCACUGGAUUGGGGCAGGGAAGGGGGAGGGUGGUUGGCUGUACAUCUAGCCAGAAUACAUCAGAUAAUCUGAAGGGGUUUGGGGAGGGAAUCAGAUUGGUUGUGCAGCUGAGGCCAGAUACCCCAAUGCCAAAAUCACUGCUCUUGGCCUUGUCCCAGGAGAGCAGAUGUGUCCAGGGAGUUUUCAUGGAUGGAAAGGGCUGUGGGGAAGGAAGCACAGCAGGUACUGAGGACUGAGGUCACAAUGAGUCCAAUCCAAGUUCUUUUCCUUCCUUCUCUGACCACCCCGUUCCACCAACACAACCAGGAAAGACUUAAGGCCAGGAGAGAGGUGCCAGGAGACCGCCUGGGGCUCAAGGACUGGGCUGGACUCCUGGGUCCCCACGGGAGGAUAUAUGUCCCCAGAACAUUGCCACAAGGCCCCUUCAUUGUUAAGAGUUAUGCUGCUCCGGGCAGCUUCUCCUUAUUUAGGAUUUGAUGCGGCCCUCUCAUCAUCCACCUCCGCCAGGGCCGAAUGAGUGGGCCGCGCAGCGGAGGUGAGUCCUCAGGCGGGUCUGGUGCAAGGUGGAGUCUUGAGUCUGGAGCCACAGGAGGGCAAAGAAGGUCUGAAGCGGCGGAAGCCCGCUGAGAGCGGGAGACUGGCCCUUGAGCCGGGGGCGGGGCCUCGGGCCCGUGGGCGGAGCCAAGAGCUGAAAAGGGACGUCCAGUCUGACGGGAAGAGUGGGAGCUCUAGACCAGAGGCUGCAGCCAAAAAUUGAGAGCCCUAGUUCUGUGGCCAGAAAGGCCGGGACUUAGGCUUGGGGCCAGAGCCAAGAGCUGAAAGGCGGGCGGAGCCUCAGGCACGCGGCGGGGCGGAGCCCAGAAAGCCACGGUGGCAUCGGUGUCCGGAAGCAGGCGGGUCCGUCGGCCGCCCUCGCUGGGCCGCGUGGCGGUGGUCAUAGACCAGGGCUCGGGCUUCAUUAAGGCGGGCUUCGCGGGCGAGCACCAGCCGCGCCUGGUGCUGAAGAGCUCCAGCCUGGUGCCCAGCUGGGACCGGCCGGUGCCGCCGGGGGCACUGGGCGGCGAGCUGAUGGGUGGCGUGGCGCGGGCGCACCCCAUCAAGCACGGCGUGGUGGUGGACUGGGAGGCGCUGGAGGGGCUGUGGGAGCGCCUGCUGGUGGGCGGCCUGCGGGUGUGCCCGGAGCAGUGGCCCGUGCUAGUGAGUGAUUCGCCGUCGGCGCCGCCAGCGGGCCGCGACAGGAUAGCCGAGCUGCUGUUCGAGACCUUGGCAGUGCCCGCGUGCCACAUGGCCAGCACAGCGUUGUUGGCGCUCUGCUCCACUGGCGCGUUCAGCGGGCUGGCUGUGGAGGCAGGCGCGGGCGUGUGCCACGCCACGCCCAUCUAUGCGGGCCACGCGCGGCACGAGGCCACGUUCCGGCUGGACGUGGCAGGCAGCACCCUGUCACGCUACCUGCGGGACCUGCUGGUGGCAGCAUGCCCCCACCUACAGCUGCAGGCCCUGCCCCGCAAGGCCAUCACACAGCUCAAGAAACGCUACUGCUAUGUGUCACUGGACUUUGAGGGGGACCUUCGUAACCCUGACCGCCACCAUCCGGUCAGUUUCUGCUUAGGCAAUGGGUACUCCGUCUGUCUCAGCAGCGAGCGCUUCCGCUGCCCAGAACCCAUCUUCCAGCCGAGUCUGCUAGGCCAGGCCAGGCCGGGCCUGCCCGCACUGGUCUUCCGGGCACUGCAGAAGGUUCCCGCAACGCUCCGGAAGCGGCUGGCUGACACCGUGGUGCUGGCCGGUGGCUCCACACUCUUCCCUGGCUUCACCAAGCGCCUGGAAAUGGAGCUGGAGGCGCAGUGCCGGAGGCACGGCUACGGGGCGCUGAGGCCGUGCCUGGUGGCGGCGCCUGGGCGUGGCACAGCAGUAUGGACAGGCGGCUCCAUGGUGGCCUCGCUGCGCUCCUUCCAGUGCCGCUGGAUAACCCGGGCCAUGUACCAGGAGUGUGGCUCCCGGCUGGUGCACGAAGUGUUCGACUGAGUCACGCUGUACUGGAGAGGAGGCGCCACCGGGGGGGGCUGCGGAGGGGGAGGCUCGGUGGGCUGAGCUAUACUCCGUCGGAGGCACUGAGUUCCAGAUAAAAGUCUCAAGUGAUCAGAGCUGGCAGAGUCCUCAUGUGCCGAUGGGUGGCCCCUAACUCUUCCUGAGCCAGGAGGAGGUGGUCCGGACCUCUAGGACCCUCACUUCGACCUGCAGUUCGAAUCUACCCUAACCAGUGCCAGUUCAGAGAAUACCAGUCCAGGUGCCUACCCCCAGGGCCCUGUUUCCAUGGCAACAAGGAAUGCAACACCGGCACUUGUGUUCAGGCCACAGAUACGGAAAUAGU